GGAGUUACGACAAAAUUUCAUACAGACAUCAGAACGAAGGAGACUUUUACAAGAGAUCGUUAAAAAUUGCAACUUUUAGGUCCCUCUAGCGAUCUUAUGAAAUAGGGUAUGAUGAGUCACCAGCAACUAGGUCAACAGUUAUAGAUUUAUAGCCUACCUAGUUACUUAACUAUACUUAUAGUUAUUUUGAAAUCUAUUUAAGUAUAGUUUAGGUACUUUUAUAUUCUAAGAAUUAAGUAUUCAUAUUUUGCUGUGGCCGUGUGGCCACGAUUAUUUUAAGCAAUAUUUUUUUUUAUUGUCUAUUGCACUAGCUAUUGCAAUUGUAUUGACACAGCCAACAUAAACACAGUAACAAUCAACGACCGCUCGGAACCAAACCACACUGAACCCAAAAAACGUGACCUUGCGAAGUGUGCAAGCGAGAGGCAUGUAGCUGGCUGUCUGUAUAUCAGUCCUCGUCUCGCACACCGCAUCGGCACGUUCCGCCGCGUAGCGUCGCGCCUCGCUGUGACCGCUCUCCCGCUCCUACUCCGCACUUCACUGCUGUGCUUAACCGCGGCUCGCGUCGCAUCGGUCGGUCAGACAUCGCGAUUGAUAAACGAAUUAGUGUACCUACGACAAAAUAAUUGAAUCUUCAUAAAGGAAUUCUUCAGGGCCCUAAUCGUAAUUUAAAAGAUGCAUCAAGGGAUUGGUUUAACAACUAAGUGUCAACGUGUGCGUGUCUAUGUUGUUGUUCAUCGGUGACGUCAUCGUAAAACGUCAUGUGGCCUCUCGGGCGGCUGUGGGCCAAGAAGUACAUUAUUCACCGCUAUGCCUUGUGCCGUGCGUGUUUUACUGAAGUUCAGAAUCAAUGAGAUAUUGAUAGAGUACUAACACCUUUUAUCCCCCACUGGGGAUAGCACGUGGUUACCCAGAACGAUUUUACGAUUCGUCGCGUCGAAUCCGUGGUACUACGCUUGGGGAUACAAAUAAAUACCUUAACAAAUUUUGUAUGAGGUGAAGAUGUCAAGCAGACAGAAAAUACUGGAGGAGAUCCACCCGCUGGCUCUGAUUCAGGAGGUGCAGCAGCGACCGGCGCUGUACUCGCGCGACAACGCGGAGGUCGCCAGCGCGCAUCACAAGCACCGCAUCUGGGCCGACGUCGCACAGAGCCUCUUUCCCGACUGGGACCUUUGCUCUGCCCGCACCAGGGAGGACAGGGGCUUAAUGAAGAAAUGGCGCAACCUCCGCGAUACUUUCAAAAGGCAGUUAGAAGUCCAAAAGAAGAUCCGCGAAGGCGCGAGCAUAAAAAAGAAGCAAUACGUGUACUUCAAACAUAUGUCAUUUCUACUUCCACACAUGGGCGAUGACGACUGUGAGGGGUCUAGUUCUCCGGCAUCACAAACCUCUGCGUCCAACCCGUGCGAUCUCGUCUGGCAGCCGAGCUCCAGUAAGAGAUCGCGAACAGAAGGGCCAUCCUUCUUUGGCGCUAAUGAUUUUGGCGAAAUUGACGAGGACAAACAUUUCUUGAUGUCAUUGAUUCCUUCAUUUAAAAGGAUGAAUGAAGAUGAAAAGUUAACUGCGAAGAUGGAGAUACUGAAGGUGAUAAAAUCAGUAAAGGAGAACAGCACGGCCAGCGCGCUCGAGCUGAGCUACGAGCAGCUGGUGCCGGCGCGUGCGCUUGUGGACGUGAAGCUUGAGACGCUCGGGCAGGCCAUAGAGGAUUCAGACAGCACGGAGUAAAAACCACCCAAUAUUGUGUGUAGGCAUACACACAUAAUUGGGUACUAACUAGCCAGAGCAGUGCUGAGAGAUACCGUCUCAGGGGACGAGGACAGAGCGUCGAUCACAACUGCGUAAGGAAGGCGAGAGACGAAAGUAAUGUAAGAGGCCAGAGACAAUGAAAAUAUCGUUCUCACGGGAAUAUAAUUAUAUGAAUGGACAACAUUUGGUUUAGACCACUUUCGUGUUUCGAAACUAAGUGAUGUGAAGAAGUCAAAACAAAAAUUACUCUCUGUGAUUUGAUCGUUGAUCGCUGUGAUUCGUAGACUAUAGAAUAACUAUGCUAAAUUUCAUAUUAAGUAGGUCAUUACAAAUAAAAUUAGCGUUCUCUCUCAUUGGUUAGGAAUUCCAAAUACAAAAUUUAUACAGCUAUGACGUUUACGAGUACGAGUUCCACCGUGGCAUCAGUGCUGCGGAAAUGGACAAUGGCGAUCGAGUAGCGCUAAAGAAAAUACAGUGCAACGAUUUUUGUUCCAACGUUUUCGUUCUGGAAAUUUCAACCUGCAGAACAACCCCGUGCGUGGCAAGAAGAAAGCUCGACGAAUUGAGUGAAGCAAACCGGCAAAGGGGAUUUAAAUCUGUGAUUAAAAGUGGAUUCUCUACGAUAAUCGGAAGCCCUCAUCAUAAUGGCUGGACCCUGGCAAGCCAGCCAAAUCCUGCCCUAAGCGAUAAUUGACCCAAAAAAAGUUACUUGUAAGCGUUUGGUGGACUAGUUCCGGGGUCGUUCAUUACAGUUUACUCAAACCUGACCCGACGAUUACGGCAGGCAGACGUCUAUUGUAAGAAAUUGCAAACCAUCAUGGAAAAGCUGGCUGCUAAACAACCGAGGCUGGUCAAUCACUCUACGCCGCUGCUGCUUCACGACAACGCUAAACCACACACUGCACAACAACCGGUGCUUUGUUCCUUCCAUACAAAACACCAAUUUUAUAUGUAAGGACCUUGUGAGCAAGUGUGUGUAACAUACACUUUGUUACAAAUUUUCGCUAAUAUAAUGUGAAAUACCAUAAGAAAUGCAUUAAUUAGAAAAUGAUUAUUAUGAAAAUGGAAAAUUCUUCUUUGAGAUAAUAAAAAAAAAUAACGUUCUAUUAAUGUAGGUAGGGAACCUACCUAUGGGGUUUAAAAAACAGUAAAACAGUGAGGGAAGCAAACCACAUAUUUAAGUGUAGGAAUAGUAAUGAAUGAUAUAGGUAUCCCGCACGCUUCUCUUUAUUUUAAUUUUAUGAAUGUCUAAAAUUAUAUUUUAACUGUUCGGGGGAUGGCUUGAACCGCCAAAACCCUCCCUACACCCUGGCUACAUGUUGUUGGAUUCACGCGUAGAUAUGAUUAUUAAAUCAAUGAAACCAUGGAAUGAGUUAGGAAUCAGGUGACCCACAUCCAGCGGGCGGCGCGGUCGCGCUGCGUGAACUUCGUGAAUGCACCGAAACUGGAGCCCCUUGAUAGGGGGGUUUGCAAGGGCCGAGGCCGGUCCGACGGGUCCUAAUCAAACCUGUUUAUUCGCACAGAGAAUGUUUGAAAUGCCUGAGAGAGUUACAAUGGAAAUUUAGUUUACGUAAACGAAUUGUAUUUAAAUGUACUUAAUUAGAAUCAAAUAAGAUGAAAUUUUAAUAAUUACAAUUUAUAACACGAAUUACAGUCUCUGACUAAUCAGAAUGUAUGCAGUACGAACGCACCGCCAGAUGUGGUGGUUUCGAACGUAAACUCGUGUGGGGCCGGUAUAAGGAAACACUCAGCGUGGAUAUAGCUAGAGGUGGUUCAAUACGAUCUUUACAGACAAGGACACUAGUGAGAACCAUUAAUUUGAAGACACUUUGAUCGAAUAAUAUUGUAUGUAAGGCAUGAGAAUAGAAAACUCAAAAAGCUUUAAAUUGCGGGUGAAAAAAGAGGGGUCCCUUUUGAAGGGGUUGAGGGUGAAUUUUCAGAAAAAUCUGAAACAUGUAUAGUAUACAUUAAUUUGUUGUAAACAAUCAAUAUCCAAAUUUUCAAAGCACUAACUUCAACGGUGUGGAACUUUCAUAUAAAAGGUUUUCACCUCUUUCACCCCCUUCGGGGCAGAAUUUCCAAAAACAUUCCCCAGACCUACAAGCCAAAUUACUUCCUACGCCCAGUAAUUCGGCUGUACGUUGUCUGUUAGUGAGUCACUCACUCAGUAACGCAAGAGUUUUUUAUACUAUACUAGAUUGAUUGAUGAUUGAUAAUAAUUUAUUUUUGAUAAUGUUCAAUAAUUUAUUGAAUAAGCCAUUUUUUUUACAUUUUAAGUAAAUGUAAGACUUUAGUUUUAAGUACAUAUUUUGACGUCAGUAAGUGAUGUAGGUAUAGAUCCUAAUAUCAUACAAGUUGAAUGAAGACAUUUUAUUUUUAUUUUGAUAAUAAUAAAUAGGGUACAAAAACCUGA